AUGCCCAAUACAGUCAAAGGCGACUCUCACUCGUCGGCCCCAGCAAAGGUUUUUAGCCAUCCCUCCGCCAGUACCACGCCAUGCAGGAACAUUGUGAUUCAUGGAUACUGCAAAUACGCUGAUAAGGGCUGCGUCUUUAAUCAUGAUGCUCAACCACAACCACCGUCACCUUUGGGCACCUCGUCCACGUUUAAGAAAAAACUAAAUGCCGAUCCACCUUCAUUUACUCCAUCAUAUACCAGUCUUUCAAACUUCCAGACAGGGAGCUCUUCUACUCUUGCAUCUAACGGGUCGCACUCUGCUCCUUUACCGCAAUCUGCUACAACUACAGGCAAGGCUAAAAUGUCACCUAAAGUUUCUUCAAUUUCACCCUUCAUCCCUAAAAAUUUUCAAUCAAAUGGUCAAAUCCAGAGCCAAACAUCUUCCAGUAAUCCACCUGGAUCAUACUCACCAGACAUUUUCCGACCCGGACAAUCUACACCUUUCAAGUCUGCGAGCUUAUCGCCAGGAGUCAACCUUUCUGCCCAACUUUCGCAAACUUCGUUGGAUGACUAUGCACAAAGCUCUUAUGAUAUGAAUACACCGUUAGAAUAUAACAACAUGCCGCACUACCAUCAGGAUAUGUACUAUCAGUCACACACGUCGUAUCCAUUACAGUACCACUUGUACGCACCCAACAUUUGGCGUGACCGACACCUGCUGCCGCACCAGCGGGUUCCUGAAAAUUACUUUAUUCAAAAUGAUUUGCGCGAGGCAUUGCAACGUAAGAAUGAAGCUGCUCUGCAGACUCUGCCUGCAUCGACACUUCCAGAAUAUGUGCACGUUUACCACUCACUGGUGCCUCUUGAUACCACUCUUGAAAAAAGCACGCGAGUAUUUGGAUAUCCCAGCUGGAUCUAUAAAGCUUGCUCAAAUGAGGAUGGUAAGCUGUAUGCUCUGCGGCGCAUUGAAGGUUUCCGUCUGACAAAUGAAAAGGCCAUGGCUGCAGUACCUCAAUGGCACAAGCUUAUAAACGCCGGAGUUGUGCGGAUCAAGGAAGCAUUUACGACACGCGCUUUUGGCGACAACUCUGUAGUAUUUGUGUACGACUAUUAUGCCACAUCUCAGACACUGAUGAGCGUUCACUUUGGCCCAGAGUCGUACCAGCAAAUGAAUCGGAUAGUGAUUGCAGAGAAGCUUGUAUGGACCUAUGCAACGCAGCUUUUGUCUGCGAUACGGGCAAUUCAUGGAGCGAAAUUGGCAGCACGAAUAAUAGAGCCAUCCCGAAUUUUGUUGACGGAUUCGAAUCGGAUACGGCUUAAUUGCUGUGGUAUUUUUGAUGUCAUUCACUAUGAUCAUUUACAGCCUCUAGAGACGAGUCAGCAUGAGGACUUGUUGAAUCUUGGCAAGUUGUUACUUUCUUUGUGCAACUCAUCGCUGGGGUCAUCGCAAUACUUGUCGACAUCAUUGGCAAACGUGGAAAAAACAUAUUCAGCUGAUUUAUACGAAUUGCUACGCUAUACCUUUGAUGCUGACAAUUUGAGUGCUGCUGAAAAGCUUGAACAUAUGAUUCAGCUAUCGGCUAAUCAUGUUUACGAUACGUUGAAUGAUACUCUUGACUAUAAUUCGUUUUUGUUAGGAGAGUUGGGUACUGAGCUUGAGAAUGGACGGCUGGUGCGGCUAUUGUGCAAACUCGGGGCUGUAAAUGAGCGGCCAGAGCAUGCACAUGAUGCUGCGUGGUCAGAGACGGGGCCACGAUAUCCGCUGAAGCUUUUCAGAGACUAUGUAUUUCACCAGACUGACGAGGUCGGUGUUCCUAUGGUUGACUUGGCGCAUAUUUUGCGGGAGCUCAAUAAGCUGGACGCUGGGAUUGAUGAGCCGGUGAUGCUGACUUCGCGGGACGAGCAGACGUAUAUGCUGGUGACAUACAAGGAGCUCAAGGAAUGUAUGGGGUCGGCGUUUCGGGAAUUAAAGAGCGAUGGAGGGGCUGCCGCUGCCGCUGCCGCUGCCGCUGCCGCAGCUGCUGCCGCUGCUGCUGUAGCUGCGAGCACGGGCAAUGCGCCUAUGAUGGGUGGUGGGGGUGGAGAUGGCGGAUUAGUUUUUAUUCCACCUGCUGCGGCUGCUCGCCGGCCCAUGUAA